CUAGCUGCGCGGUUGCGUCCGUUACAACGAGUGCUUAGUUUAGUUUUCCUCUAUUUGGAGCCCUGCGAAAUUGACAGUUCACUUUCGUUAGUGGCUCGAGUGCGACGUGACGUGCGGCAGCGAAAAGCGCUUUUCCAGGCAGAGUGCGCCAUUACUUACCUGCAAGUCAGCCACAGCAAUUUCUCGGUAAUUGCGUUGCAAAGUGCGUAAUUAGAGCUUUGACGGAAAACUGCGUUUUUCGCAAUUCCAGAACGUGCUCCAAUUUCACUCGAUUACUUACCUAAAUCAAACGCGUUUCGUCAACCGCCGUCCGCUUAAACAGUAAAAAGUAAACAAACAAUACAAAUCUACAAUCUCACGCGAAAAACAAAAACCGUAAAGCGGUCGUUCACAAAUUAGUGCAACAAGAGAAAGGCACACCAAACCCAAAAGCAGAUCCGUAAAAGAUGGCAUUCAUUUCGAAAGAUUUUCGGUCUCCGGGGGAAACUUGGAUUAAAACCGAUGGCGGCUGGGAGCGUUCCAAGGUGCUCGAGUGCGGCGGAAAGCGGAAGCGACACCAUUCGGAGGGCAGUAGCAGCUACCAGGACGGCGACAGUUCGGAGGAGGACGCGGUUAUGCCACCACAUUACCACAUCACAAUUCGGUGUACCCGAGAGAUAGCUGGGUUUAAUGGUCUAAGCGAGGCUGUGAAGCGCCUGGAUUUCAGACGAUCGGUGCGCGACCGUAAAAGGUUCCACUAUAUUUGCGCCUUCCUUCUGCUCGUGUCCAACAAGGGCAUUGCCAGUUUGCCGGGAAGUGCUCAGCGGCAGCUCCUUCAAAUGGUGGAGGAGGUAGCCUCGCAUGUAAAUGACAGCCAGCAGCAUCCGAAUGUGCUGCGCGGUCUCGCUCUGAAGCUGGAGCACAUCGUCAGCCAGGAGAACCAGAAGUGCUGGGGCAAGCCACUGGGCAGCACCUACCUGUGGAAGGAGCACAUGGCCACCAUCAAGCGCAUCCAGCGCGUCGCCAGCCAGAUUGAAAUCCGAGAGCCUGAUCCGGAGGCCAAGCCAAAACUGCACGAGCUGCCGGAGGAGUGUGUGCGGGAGAUCAUCCUGUGCAUUGCCGACCAUCGUGACCUGGAGUCAGCCGCCGAGGCUUGGGAGACCAUGGCCAACCUGGUCUCCGAGCAACGAAUCUGGCGCGAAUUGACUCGCUUCCACUUUAACCAGCGUCAGAUUCACACCAUUCUAGACCUGGAAAAGUUCAAACAGAUGGGGGAUAUCAAGGACUGGAAGCAGAUUUAUCACCAACUGCGUCGUACCUAUGGCGUAAACGACGACUAUCAGUUCGCCGAGGUGCUAGCCCUGUGCCGCUCCUGCUGUUGUCUCUUCUGGCCAUCGGAUGGGCACCCGUGCAUCGUAGACCAGAGUCCGGACUACAAACAGCGGCUAGAGGAAGCCGGUGGACAGUUGGCCCUGGCCCAACCAGUGCCACCAGCCCAGUUUCUUAAGUACUUCUCGUUGUAAGCCGGCUGAUCGGACCAAGGGAGAGAGAUAGAGAUAGAUCGAAAGUAUUUUUACGGAGGAGUGGACGGUGACCCAGUGGAAAGGUUGUUUGCCUGCCAAUGAAAGUCUUUAUGCGUGUGUUAAAGUUUUACCCUUGGAGAGAAGAGGAAUGGAUAGUUGAGGAGUGGAUCAGAAAAAGCAAAGUGAUAAAGAAAUCCCUAAUCUAUAACUACAUACCAAUAUAAGUGUGUAUGUAAAUCGCCAGGCUCGUUUCGAUUGGUUUGCAGUUUGUCCAGAUUAAGGUUCAGAUUCUAGUUCAGCGUGGCUUCAGUUCAGUUCUUUGCCAACUUGUUGUAUCAUCACAUCUGCGGUUAAAUCACAGUCUGUGCAGGACCGAAGAUUACUAUUAGUUGUGUAGGAUAAACGCGUGUCAGUUGCCAGGGUCCAAUAUUGGGUCGCUAAUCUUUGAGGUCGGAGUGGUUAUAUAGACUUAUUUAGGACACGCAAAACGAACUGCCACAAAAACGAGAAUAAGCGAUUAUUUUUUGUCAAACUGAUUAUUGCAAAACGUGUAUCGAGAAACUAUUUUUAAAGUACCAGUAUAUAUACAUAUAUAUAUAUAUAUUAAUUACCGAUUUGUUCAUUUUAAAACAAACGAGGAAUACACUUUUAUGCAUGACUUUUGAGCGAUCUAUUGUAGGUGUUAAGUGUAGUUUCUUUUACGUAUAUCAGCUGCUUUUGGUGCUAAAUCUUAUUAUAAGUUCCAAUCAAAGAAAAUCAAAUCAAACCCAUUCUAGUUACCCCGUCCCCAGUGCGAUCCGAUUCCAUUUGUAGUUCCGAUUAGAAGACGUGGCGUGGCGGAAAUAAUGUGAUGUUGCAGGAAGCAAAGCUAGAAACGAAUACACCUACCUAACGAUAACAAAUCUUCAAGCGAUUUGCCGCUAAGCAAUGCUAUAUACAAAUAUUAGAUAUCGUCGCCAGUAUAAGAGUAAAUUUAUGGAAUGCCGACUCAGACAACAGACAACCUAACCCUAAGACAAAUCGGAAGCCAAGUAUUUUCCAAAAACCAAACAAAAAACACUCUUUAUUGGCCAGGAAGUUCCGUGCUUGAUGAAACAGAACAGAUAUAUAGAUAAUGUUAAUGUGUAUAGAUACCCUAUAGUUGAAACCCCGAUCCAAGCCUCACGAUUUCCCUGUAAAAUACCAGUUCGAUCACAUUAAUUUUACUAUAACUAUUACUAUUGUAAGUACGACAGUUUUAGCAUUCUCAAUCAUUUGUUUGCAAACAUUUCUACGCGAAAUAAAUCUCUCAUUUUAUGUUUAAAAUAAACUUGCAAAUAUUUGUGGAUCA